AUGUCUGUAGUUAUUCAGCGAGCACAGUUGCAUGCUGAAGAUGAACGACCGCAUAAACGUUUGCGUCAAGAUCAAUCAGAGAAACCAAGCAAAGCUUCUGCUUCAUCCAUUAUUUCGAGCUCAUACAAGGACUCAGCCAAUGAUAUUGUACACCGCAUAGAGCAGUCUAAUUGUGUGGAACUUGCAUCAACUUUAUUUGAUGUUUAUGGAUAUACAAUCAUCAUGCCUAAUCUCCCAAAGUUUUAUUCGGGUUCAAUGCCAACCAAUGACUGGUACGAUGACGUUUAUUACUAUGUCAAGCUCGACUUCAACGGAGAAAAACUCAACAAAACGCAAAAUGAACUCGUUCGAUCAGUCCAACAAGUAGCUAUAUCAAAGUGUGGCGGUUUAACCAAUCAGCAAUGGCGAUGUCUUCUCUGUCUCAACAUUCGAGUUGAUAAACGUCAUGAUAGUACAAAACUGAAGAGGAUACAUUUCUCAGAAGUUGAUCGUGUCAAGAGGCUCGCCCUGGACGUACUGGAUGGUAAACAGCAGGAAACUGUUCUAGCCCUUGUUGGAGUCCUUGAACAAUGCACAAAAAAAUAA